UACAAACUUUACACAGAAAGAUCCAAGCUUAGAUUCCAACAGGACCUUCUUGUUGUGAGCGGUAACCAAAAAUUUAGGGAAAGCUUUAGAUUGCUGAACAGGGACUUCUGUUUUGUGACUUUUUUCAAAAUAACAAUAAUAAAAAAAACAUAGAAAUCCAGUUGUGCCUUGUGUAAUUCUCUACAGAACUCCUCUCAUUGCCAAUAAAAGUGAAGCUCCAUCAUGUUGAAGGUUUACAGACUGGAGCAGUCAUGAGCUCCAGUUGAAACAGAAUGAUUUUUCUCAAUGACGUCCUCGUGGAGAUGCUAUCAGAGCUUGAGAAGUCUGCUGUGUCUCUCUCCUCACGUCUGCAGUCCUCAUACAACAGCAGGUAUAGUAGCGGAGUGUGUUGGAGUGCAGUGGAGGGAAGUGGGGAACAGUCUCAGUGAUUGUGACUGUAGGGCCCCACAGCUGCCAUGGGACUCCAAAUCUCCCCUACAGUGCAUGUUUUUGAGUGGGGAGCUUGUACUGUAGAUCCUGUGUCAAAUACGACCAUUUAGAUGGAAAAAAUACCUUUACAUUUUGUUAAGUUUCAGCGUGUCUCAUUAAUUUUAGAUAAACAUUCAUGAAAAAUGACUAAACCAUUCAGAAAAAAAAUUGUCACACUAAAUCAAUAAAAAUAAAAGCCAGAAAAUCUAAGUCAAACAAGCAAUAGCAUGAUGUGGUAGAGUUCAUAUUUAGCCCAAGAGGUAUUUCUGUAAGAUGUAAGCCAACCAUAAACAUCAGGAUGUUGUAGUAAUGCUGCUAUGUGUGUUUUUUAGAGGUGGGAGGGUGAUGUUUUUUCAGCGAGCAACCAAGGCAGGAGGGUGGAGUAAAUUGGACCACUGGGGAAUGUGAAAUGCUUCAAAGGGGGCUAAAGCUGCUGGGAAAGUCAGCAGGGAUUGAAAUAUAGCUGCAUUUUUGUCAGUGGCUUUAGACUGCUUGACUUGAGCUACAGGUAAAACUGGAACGACUGACGAGAAGAUGUUUUACUGCAAAAUGAUUUGCUGACGGCACACGAAGAGGGAUAAGAGAAUGACAGGGACCAUGGCAUCCUCAGCUCUGACUAGUCUCUCAAUGAUGAGUCUGCUCAGCCUCAGUUACCUGUCCUGGGAUCUGAUGGGUCCGAACCAGCUGGAAAAUACCCCCGAUGAAAGCUUUAAUGACCCAGCUUCUGGUCUUCAACCUCCUCACAUUAUUUUCAUCAUGACGGAUGACCAGGGGUUCAAUGAUAUUGGAUAUCACAGCUCAGACAUCAAGACACCGACGCUGGAUAAACUGGCUGCAAACGGGGUAAAACUGGAGAACUAUUACAUCCAGCCCAUCUGCACACCGUCUCGAAGCCAGUUCAUCACCGGCAGGUACCAAAUUCACACUGGUCUCCAGCACUCCAUAAUUCGGCCCCGUCAGCCCAACUGCUUGCCCUUUGACCAGGUCACCCUCCCUCAGAGGCUUCAGGAGCUUGGUUACUCCACUCACAUGGUGGGCAAGUGGCACCUGGGCUUCUACAAGAAGGAAUGUCUGCCCACUCGCCGCGGGUUUGACACAUAUUUUGGCUCCUUAACGGGGAGCGUGAACUACUACACCUAUAGCUCAUGCGACGGUCCGAAGCUUUGUGGCUUCGACCUCCACGAAGGGGAGUCGGUGGCCUGGGAUCAGGGAGGUAAAUACUCCACACAUCUGUUCACGCAGAGAGUCCGCAAGAUCCUGGCAAGACACAAUCCUCAGUCCCAGCCACUCUUCAUCUUCCUCUCCUUCCAAGCUGUCCACAGUCCUCUGCAGUCUCCAAAGGAGUACAUCUGCCCUUACAGCGGGCUGGAGAACGUCGCACGCAGAAGGUAUGCCGCUAUGGUUUCAGCAGUAGAUGAGGCGGUCCGGAACAUAACAUACGCCCUUCGUAAGUACGGAUACUACCAGAACAGUGUUCUAAUUUUCUCCAAUGACAACGGUGGCCAGCCUUUGUCCGGUGGAAGUAACUGGCCGCUCAGAGGACGUAAAGGCACCUACUGGGAGGGAGGCAUUCGAGGACUUGGGUUUGUCCACAGUCCUCUUUUGAGGAAGAGGAGGCGAGUGAGCAAAGCCUUGGUUCACAUCACGGACUGGUACCCCACACUUGUGGGAUUAGCAGGUGGGAAUGAGUCUAUGACUGACGGCCUGGAUGGGUAUAAUGUUUGGGAGGCCAUAAGUGAAGGGAAGGAGUCACCAAGACUAGAGAUCCUCCACAACAUCGACCCUCUCUUCAACCAUGCUCGGAGUGGCUCCCUGCAGCAAGGAUUCGGGAUUUGGAAUACCGCCAUUCAGGCUUCCAUUCGAAUGGGAGACUGGAAGCUCCUGACAGGAAACCCUGGACGUGGAGACUGGAUCCCCCCACAGAUUCUUCCAGGUUUUCCGAACAGCUCGUGGAACCUGGAACGCAUCAUAAAGCAUCAAAAAUCUGUGUGGCUUUUCAACAUCUCAGAAGACCCCUAUGAGCGAUUUGAUUUGUCCGAGCAAAGACCAGAUGUUGUAAAGCAGCUGUUAGCGAGACUUGCAUACUACAACCAAAGUGCAGUGCCAGUGAGGUUUCCCUCAGAGGACCCUCGGGCCAACCCAAACUUAAAUGGGGGUGCCUGGGUGCCCUGGGUGGCAGAUGAAGUGGAAAAGAUUGAGUCAACUGUUUGUUUGAGGAAAAACAAGAACACGAAGAAGAAAUCUAGUUUGUACAAAUACAAAUCAUUGCUGAGGAGACUCAACAUUAUUUCCAACAGAAUAAAAAAUCUUUGAGAUUCAAGGAUGAGGACAGGAAACUGUUGAGUACUGUCAAAAUAUAAU